AUGGCAUCUCGGAUUCCCCCGUCUCUUGCUGGAUCUGCGCGCCGCGCUAACAUCUUGAAGACGUGGCGGCACGCGAUUGCAGUGCGCGUGGGACGCUUCAGCGAGGUAGAGCAGUGCGCUAUGCGCUCCCCCCGUGCGUCGCUCGGCUUCUCCCCUCUGCGACCCAAGCCCGUGGCUAAGCCGCCCAGCAAGAAGCCCAGGCCCAGGGAUGUGAUGGGUACCGCUGCUGCUGUGAAGCCCAGAGCGGUUCAGAGCGGCCAAGCGACGGCCGCCGCUGCAGCAGUCAAAGUCACGCCAUCUAAGGCGACACCAGCAAAGACGACGCCAGCAAAGGCGACGCCAGCAAAGGCGACGCCAGCAAAGGCGACGCCAGCAAAGGCGACGCCAGCUAAGGCGACGCCAACUAAGGCGACGCCAACUAAGGCGACGCCAACUAAGGCGACACUUGCUAAGACGGCGGCAGCUAAUGCGACGCCAGUUAAGGUGAUGCCAGUUAAGGUGACGCCGGCUAAGGUGACGCCAGCGACACUAGUAAAGGCGUCACGUGCAAGCCCUACUGCCGCGGUGGGUGUGAAGGCUGCAGGUGCAAGCAGCCCAGCAGCAGCACCAGCAGCAGCAGCAGCCGCACCAGCCGCAGCAGCUCCCCACAGCCCGAAGGCGGGUCUUGUUGGCGGGUCUGGAAUCCCCAGACCUGCAGGCAGUGCAGCAACAAGGAGGGCCGCAGGAGCGACUGCGAGUGGCAUUCCCAAGCCUGGGAAGGCAGGUGUUGUGGGAGAGAUGGGAGGAAAGGUGGAGGAGUGUGGUGAGCUGGAAUGA